UUUGCAUCUGUUAUAGUAACUUUAUCUCGUACAUUAAUUUUAAGGCAAUAUUCUGCCAUUGUCCCUUUUGACAUGGUAAACGUUCUCUUUAGGGAAAAAUGAAUACAACAGAUCGAUCUUAGGUGACUGUCAUAAGUUAUAACCAGUUUUUAAUGAGAUAAAUAUACUUCUGUAUAACGAUGAGAAACUAUGGCUCGUUCGAUAACCUCGCGCUCAAUGGUAGCAAGAUGCUCGGUUUUUUUUUUAAUAUAAAAGGAUACAAAUAAAACUCGUGUUAAGUAUUACGUAUUUAACCCUUGGCCGAUGGAAGUAGACAAUCAAUAGCUAAAAUAUCAAGCAUCUGUAAGACAUCGAAGACAAUGCUACAAUCGUAGCUAUCAUGGCUCCUUUAUACCCCUAAGUCAUCACUAUGAUAACUGGAAGAAUUAUUCCAAAUUUGAUAAAAGUUUCUAGCUGAUCUUGCCCAUAUAUUAAUGGUUGAAGAGACCUAUUUGAUUUCGAGAAAAUUCUGACCUUUUGAAGCUCUCAACACAAAAUUUGUUAAAAUCUUCAUCAGUAUCAUAGAAGAUUGCUUAAAAUACAUAACAAUAUUGUUAUAUAUAAUGUUGCGAUACUGUUACUUUAAAGACUGUUGCGUGACUGAUGUUUUACUGAAGCAAUAUGUUCUAUGAAAAUAAGAUGUAUAAAUUGGUAGGGAAAUAAAUCUGCUCCUUUCUAAGGGUGAAGCAUUAAAAUGAACAAUUAAAAAGAAUUUUCAAAAAUGACAAUUAUAUAGGAAUGGACUUCCGAAUAACCGAUAUAUACGUUUUUGCUAGCUAUUGCUUUCGAGAACGUUGCCUAGUCCUUUUAUCUGGUGUCUAUCAUUUGUUAGACUGUCACCAAGCCAACUGUUUUGGUUUUUUUAUUGUCUCCCUUCUUAUCUUGAAGCAUUCAAACAAUAUCCCUAUCCACUUUUAAAACACAGCUGGUUGAUUUUAAAACGUGUAUUAGUAUACAUAUAUAUUUAUACAUGAUAUUUGUCUCUAUGAGUUGUUCAUUUUUCAUAGAUGACAAAAAUGGACGAUGUUCCACCGUCACGUGACUCGUCACGUGACUUGUGGACCCUUCUUAGCCUAAAAAGACUUGUUCCAAGAUUGCUUGUCUGAUGGUGUUUACACAGUAGAACACCCCCUACUUGCACAUUGGAAAACAUAUCGUGAUUUUAUCUAAGUGCUGUUUUUUUGUAAUUACUCUUUUGGUGGCUGAUGACUAUAGGGUUAGUCUUGCACGCAUUAAAACUAGCUUGCACGGAAAACGUCUUGGCUUUAGUUCAAUAUCUGCUAUCGACUGGGCAGGCAGAGGACAUGGGUUAACUAAUGACAGGCGAACACUAUUUCAAGUAGUUAUGAAAGAUUGUUUUCUUAAUGAAUUUCCUCUUGGACCUUCAAGCUGGCAGCGCUGUCAUUAACUGUAAAAAUGCUUUUGUUGUGAAUAAUAUAUGACACUUUACCUAACCGGAAAGGCUCCGAAUGGGUUUGCCAACCGCCAUGCUUUCCACGCGGAGUCGGUUGCCCAAUAGUAUCUGAGGCCAAGAAAUCAAGAGAAACCUGAUCUGUUUAGUUCGUGAGACUCAUGGAUGGAACUGGCGCGAGCCACACGACAUGCUGAAUAGCUCAGCAGAUGCUAAAGUUGGCCAUUGUAUUUUUUAUAACAAUGAGCUACAACUGGGGCCAAAAUUCAGCUAUACAAUGGCGCAUUGUUGGGUAUAAGAGAGGGUGUUGAACAUGCGAAAAGUCUGCCGAGUCGUGGAAUUUUUGUCUCUAUCUGAUUCCACAUAUGGACGGCUUUGCGAAACAGUACCAGAGUUUAAGGACAAUGGGUUGACACCGUUGAUGCUCGCAGCUCGGGACAGCAAACACAACAUUGUGGAGAAACUUCUCGAACUUGGCGCCGUAGUAACGGAUAGAGAUAAAGAAGGCCGCACUGCGUUGCAUUAUGCUGCAGCCACGGGUUCGGAUGGAAUCGUCAAACUCUUGCUCAACAAAAAGGUCGACCCGACUCAAGUGGCCGGGCCUCUGGACCAGCUCCCCCUGCACAUGGCGUGUUCCCGCCCGUCUGGAGCUCUUGAGAUCGUCAAGACUCUGCUUAAAGUGUCCGGAAAGGACUGCAAACUCACGGUCGACAAGAAUGGCUCGACUCCGUUAUUCCUUGCCGUUGCUGUUGGCAACCAGCAGGUUGUCAAAGAGUUGUUACUUUCCCAGGCGGAACAGCAAGUCAACAUCGUCAAGGGGGAAACUGGUGAUACUGUGCUGCACGCUGCUAUCAAAAGGAAAGACAUCGAGAUCGCGAAAAUCCUCAUCGAAGCCACCUGCCCUGUUGAUGUUCAAAACCACGAAGGUCAGACGGCCCUACACGUCGCGGCAAUGGAAGGGGACGAGGCAGUGGUCAAGUUCCUGUACUCCGUCAAAGCUGACGCUAACGUAACUGACUCGCACGAUCGCACGGCACUUCACCUCGCAGCACAAAGAGGUCAUUCAAGCAUCGCGGAAUUUCUCGUCGAUAAGUUUAAAGCAAACGUGAACCUUCGCACCAAGGACGGCAGCACCUUGAUGCACGUGGCCGCAGAGGCCGGACAUCCUGACACCGCAAUGGUCUUCCUCAAGAAAGGCGUGCCAUUACACAUGCCAAAUAAGGAUGGUGCUGUGUGUUUACACACCGCCGCACGCAAGGGCCAUACCAGCGUAGUGAAGUCUUUACUCCAGAAGGGCGCAACAGUAGACGCAAAGACCAAGGAUGACUAUACAGCUUUGCAUAUCGCCGUCCAGCACGGCAAACCGCAAGUUGUUCAGACUCUACUGGGAUUCGGGGCGAAUGUACAACUGAAAGGAGGAAAGGAGCAACAGACGCCGCUACAUAUUGCCGCGCGUAUCAAAGAUGGCGAGCGUGUUGCAGAGAUGUUGCUGAAGAGUGGUGCAGAUGUCAAUGCGCCGAGAGUGAACGGAGAGACGUCCGUCCAUCUUGCCGCCCGGUUUGGUAACCUGGCAACGCUGAAAUUACUUAUCAAGGAGAAAGCAGAUGCUGCUAGGAGAGCCAAGAACGGAGAGACCCCGCUCCAUCACGCGAUAAAAAGCGGCCGCUAUUUAGAGCUGGAGGAGCUUCUCAAAGUGCUGUACAAGACGAAGUCCAAGGCCGUGGCGAAACUCGUUCUCAACAUGCCGACCGACAAAGGUGAGACUCCAUUACAUUACGCCGCACAGCUUACAAAAGCAAAAGUUCGCGGAAGUGCAGAUAUCGAAAUCGUCAAUAUUCUACUGAGACAUGGUGCGGACUGCACCGCCGUCACACACACGACGAAAGAAACUCCGUUACACGACUGCGCACGCUCGGGAAAUAACGACAUUCUUGGUGCUUUGCUGGGGGCCAUGUCCCAGCGUAAGAUCCAGGCGGCCGUCAACAGACGAUCAUCGAUCGGGCUUGCGCCAUUGCACAUUGCAAGCGAGAAAGGUCACGUGGACGUCGUGAAGACCCUGCUCAGAUACCAAGCGCGAGUGGAUGUCUUUGAUGAGACGGGUAAGGCUGCUCUUCACUUCGCGGCCGAGCGUGGUCACCUAGCGGUGGCACAAGAGCUGCUGGAACACAAGGCGUACGUCAACGCCAAAACCAAGGUUGGCCUAACCCCGCUUCAUUUAGCAUCUGAAAACGGACACAAAGAGCUCGUUGGGCUACUGGUGAAUAAAUAUCAGGGCAGCGUCGAUGCACUUACAUUGGACAAAAAGACGCCCCUCCAUCUAGCUGCUGAAAAGGGACGUAUUCUCGUGUGUGAGCAUCUUCUUGAAUUGAAAGCCGACAUCAGCUUUGUUGACAACAAAGGCCAAACGCCACUCCACUACGCCGCGCAGAACGAUCACUCGGAAGUCGUGGCUCUCUUCCUCAAGCACAAACCCGACGUCAUGCUUCAGCAUAACUCGGAGGGAAGCACGUGUGUACAUAUCGCCGCCAUGAAGGGGAGCGUAUCCGUCAUGAAGGAACUCAUUCGCUUUAACGCGUCUGGUAUCCUCACUACUAGAAACAAGAGUAAAUACGCGACGCCCCUGUUACUAGCGGCCAGCGGUGGCCACAAGGCAGUCGUGGAAGUCUUGAUAGGAUAUGGUGCGCCCGCGAGCGACGAGGAUGUGGAGGGCAUGACGGUACUCCAUCUGGCGGCAAAGUACGGCCAUCUGGACGUGCUCGAGGUGUUACGCGGUAAAGUACCCUGGAGUAUGGCUAGUGUCAAGACCGGCCUAUCAGCGCUGCACGUGGCGGCACGUUACGGUCAGAUCGAGGUCGUCCGGGAGAUGCUACUUAAGGUCCCGGGCACGCUCAAGAGCGAGUCGCCAUCAGUUGUCGACAGCGAGAAAGGAGAUUAUAGUUACACGCCUCUGCAUCUCGCCGCCCAAUCAGGUCACGUGGAUGUCGUGCGGAUACUGCUAAACUCUCCAGGGGUGCGCGUGGACUCAGCUACAGCAAUCCAGGGCAGCAUUCCUUUGCACCUGGCGGCCGAAAAUGGCCAAUCAGAAGUUGUCAGUAUUCUGCUCAGCAAAUCAACGGUACAGUUACACGUAAAGGACAAAGUCGGACGCUCUGCCCUGCACCUGGCUGCGUCUAACGGACAUCGUGAACUUGUCAGUCAGCUUAUCGGACAGGGCGCGGACAUAAACGCACCGGACGAGAAUGGCUGCGCCCCGAUCCACAUGUCAGCGGAGUAUGGUCACGUGGAUGUAGUCAAAUUACUGGUAGAGUCGGGUGCCUCUCCAAGAGUGGAGAAUAAGGAAGGGAAAUUUCCGAUCUGUUACGCGGCUGCAUCUGGUCACGUGAGCGUGGUAAAUUACCUUUUACAGCAAGAGAUGAACACCGACCGGCUACUCGCCGACAGAAAGUUCCUGUUUGACCUGAUGGUGUGUUCCAAGUCUAACGACUCCGCAUCCGUUGUUGACUUCAUUCUUCAAACCCCCGCACCGAUCUACUCCGCCGCCAAGCUGUCAAGACACUACCGAGUCGAGUCCUCACGGGAAAAAGAACGCGGUCGCGACCUCCUUGCGGUUAGCACGGUGUGCGAGACGGUCGCGGUGGAGCUGUUAUCCCUAGCUUGCGCCGAUAACCCUGAGGCCCUACUGUCGGCAGUAGACGACAGGGAUAUACCCUUUUUGGACUUCCUAAUCGAGACGGAGCAAAAAGAUUGUGUAUCACACCCUACUGUGCAGGUUUACCUCGGCGAUGUGUGGCGAGGUGACUUCAAAUGGGACGACUGGAAAUACUUCUUGUUAUUUAUUAUGUGUCUUCUAUGCCCUCCUUUCUGGGCGUUUCUUUGUCUCCCGUGGAAGGACCGAUUUCACAAAGUACCUAUCAUUAAGUUUAUCUGUCAUCUUAUAUCUCACCUUUACCUGAUUAUACUGUUUUGUUUAACCACCGUGGUACCGUGGAACAGCUCGGCCCAGUCCCUUAUUCCACACUGGUACGAGCUUCUCCUCCUUAUAUGGUUAUCGGGCUUGUUGCUAUCGCAACUGACGGACCCUCAUGACCGCGCGGGCCUGGGCUGGAUGCCGCUCAUUGUGCUGUUCCUCAGUCUCAUUGCGAUCCUCCUUCAUCUACUCGCCAUCGCUUUUCAAGGGGAGCAACGCUUGAAUAUCGUGUACACUCGUAACCAGUUUCUCGCGGUUAGUAUGAUGCUCUGCUUUGCGCAACUUUUGGACUUCCUCUCUUUCCAUCAUUUGUUCGGUCCGUGGGGGGUCAUCAUACGGGAUCUGAUGUACGACAUGGUGCGAUUCCUCGUCAUCUUAUCAAUAUUCAUGAUGGGCUUCACAGCUCAUCUCGCGGCAGUGUACCGACCAAUGCUUGCGAAAAGACUGGAUAGCAAGGCCAUGCUACUUUAUGGUCAGUCAUUCGGAUUCUAUCAAUGCUUCGAGCUGCUAUUCUUCAGUUUAUUCGGACUCACUGAGAUGGAUAGUCUGCAACCUACGGGGGACAAUCAUCCAUCAGCGACUCACCUUCUGGCUAAAGCCACAUUUGGAAUCUAUAACGUGAUUACUAUCAUCGUUCUGAUUAAUCUGCUCAUUGCUAUGAUGAGUGACACUUAUCAGAGAAUCCAGAGACAGUCGGACACCGAGUGGAAGUUCGGAAGGGCCAAACUGAUCCGAAACAUGAAGAGGUCUACGACCACGCCCUCGCCACUGAACCUCCUCACGAAGCUCAUUUCGUACCUGCGGGUUUUGUACCGCGCCAAGUGUAGAUGCUGUAGAGCGGACAUCAUAGACGUGCUAAGAACAGAUGAUCAGUUCGUCCUUGAAAACACCUCCGUGAGUCUCAACGUCCUCUACACCGAGAACUCCGUGUCUUCAUGGUUACCAAACGGUGGAUUACGUCACCGCGAGAGCGCGUCUCGUAGCCCGCGCAUCGAAGACGUCUUAGACUGGAAACUACUCGUGAAUAAAUUCAUUGCUCUUCGCGGAGGAAAUACGGAGGCGAUCAAGAUCAGCCGUCCGUCGAGUAGAAAACAGCCUGACCGACUACAUACGGGGUACCAGCCGAGACAGAGACGACCGGCCUCGGUACUAGGGCUAGGGAAGUCUGGGUCAAGCUUCGGCUCGAACAUGUCACUGCACCGAGUGGUGAAUGAGACGGUUAAGAAGCUAGAUAUUGUCAGUAGCAUGAAGGAAUAACACGUCGAAAGUGUAACGUUUUAGAAGGGGAGAUUUUUGACCCGUAAAUGUUUUGAACAAUCUCGGCCCAAGAGCCCGCGAUAUUUGUAGCCGCCCAACCAAAGUUAGUACUUCAUGUAGCCAUGGUCAGGGUUGACACACAAAUUGCUGGCUACAUGAAGAACCAACUCCGCCAAAGAACCGCUGGCUCAAAGGGAACGAGAUUGCUUUGAGAACGAGAUUGUAUUAUGAAAUGGCUAAAACCUAGUUGUAUAAGUAACUUCUUUUUACCUGCACGUACAACAGAAAGGGCACAGCAGGCAGUUGAAAGAGAGAGACCAGACAAAGGUUUGAUAUUUUAUCUAAAUUAUAUUUACAGAACAAUGAAAAGUGCCUUCCCUUUCUUCAUUUUUAAGAAAGAUGUGCGGUUAUUUUAUCUCUCCACUCCUACCUUUAUCCGCCCGCACGCCGUUCAACUAGGCCUGAAGUUACCCUACAGUAAUAACCCAUGUUCGGUUGGGUGCUCACAACUUUAGAUGAGGGUUAAUGUUUUGUUCUCACAAGAGGCAAACGAGCUCAGUUUUUGCCGAGAAUUGAGAGCCUCUUAUGCUAAUCAAGCUGAGGCUGAAUUCUUUUGCUACCAUAUUACCCGAGAGUCUAGUUUCCAUGCACUCGUCCCAGUUUUCUUAUACCGUAUACAAAACUAGGUUUUUGAUAUCAUAAACAUGUACAGCGUGUAAGUUAUUUUAUUCAAAUAUAUAAUAUUAUUGAUGCAGAUGAUGUAAAUUAAUAUAGCAAACUGCAAUGACAAGAAAAAAGACGAUUUUCCCUUGA